UUCUGAGCAUCAGCCCUCCGAGAGAGAUUUGGCUAGCAAGUUCAGAGCCAGGCAUCUUCCAGGCUUCUUCCACACCUGUAUCGUGAGCUCCAGGCGCCAUGGGGAGGCAGAAGGAAAUGCUGACGGCCCUUGGACGGAGGCUGCAGAUCAGGAAUAAGUUGGUCCGGCAGGCCCUGGCAGAAUGCCUGGGCACCCUCAUCUUGGUGAUGUUCGGCUGUGGUUCGGUGGCCCAGCUGGUGCUCAGCAGAGGCUCCCACGCCCGUUUCUUGACGGUCAACUUGGCCUUCGGCUUCGCCGUGACGCUUGGAAUUCUGAUCGCGGGACAAAUCUCAGGUGGGCAUUUGAACCCUGCCGUCACUUUUGCGAUGUGCUGCAUGGCCCGGGAACCUUGGAUCAAACUUCCGGUGUACGCCCUGGCUCAAACCGUUGGAGCAUUUCUCGGAGCCGGCAUCGUGUUCGGCUUAUAUUUUG